AGAGUGAGAUAAAACUUGCCACUGGAGAAACCAUAGCUGUAUGCUGCCUGGGACCUCUCAGGUACCCACAGAAGCCAGCAUGUCUUGGGUCCUACUUUCUGUCCUGUGGCUCAUCAUUCAAACUCAAGUAACAGAUACCACAUUAACCGCUGAGUUAAAGCCUCAGAAAAUAGUUCAUCCUAAAAAACUACCCAUUUCACAGAGAAGAGGGCUUGAGAACAACCAGACAGAGAGCUAUGCCAAAGAGGAACGAUAUGCACCAGAAGUUCAAUAUCAGAUCAUACUAAAUGGAGAAGAAAUCAUUUUUCACCUAAAGAGAACCAAGCAUCUUCUGGGGCCAGACUACACUGAAAUAUCUUACUCACCCAGAAGAGAAGAGAUGACCAGACGUUCUCAGAAUGUGAAACCCUGCUACUAUGAAGGCCAUAUCCAGAACGCAAAGGGCUCUCUUGCCAGUAUCAGUACCUGUGAUGGGUUGAGAGGGUACUUCACACACCGUGAUCAGAAGUAUCAAAUAAUGCCUCUACAAAGCACAGAUGAGGGGGAACAUGCUGUUAUUCCACACAACUGGGAAGAACCAGGUGCAGUUAACUACAAGCACAGUGAGAAGCAAAUUGGCAGGAAACGAAGCCAUCUUCGAACUUCCAGGUCACUCAAAAGCCCAAAUGAAGACUCACUUCAAGGACAGAAGUACAUCGGUCUCUUUUUGGUGCUGGAUAAUUCCUAUUAUAAGAUGUAUAAAGGGAAUGUGACUCGAAUGAGAAGCUUUGUGUUUGAGGUGCUGAAUCUGCUCAACGUGAUUUAUAAAACCAUAGAUAUUCAAGUGUCUUUGGUGGGCAUGGAGAUCUGGUCAGACCGGGAUAAGAUAAAGGUGGUGCCCAACCUUGGUGCCACAUUCACAAAUUUCAUGAGAUGGCAUUAUUCUAACCUGGGACAAAGGAUCCAUAACCAUGCCCAGCUUCUCAGUGGAGCUGGCUUCCUCCAUGGACGUGUAGGAAUGGCAGCUGCGAAUUCCCUGUGUACUACAUCUUCAGUGUCUGUAAUUGAGGCUAAAAGAAAGAAUAAUGUGGCUCUUGUAGCACUGAUGUCACAUGAGUUGGGCCAUGCCCUUGGUAUGCAGGAUGUUCCAUAUUAUACCAAGUGUCCCUCUGGCAGCUGUGUGAUGAAUCAGUACCUGAGCUCAAAAUUCCCCAAGGAUUUCAGUACUGUCAGCCGCUCACGGUUUCAAGGAUUCCUUUCAUCUAGAAAUACAAGGUGUCUGCUGUUGGCUCCUGACCCUAAAAACAUAAUAAAACCAACAUGUGGAAACCGACUUCUGGAUAUGGGAGAAGGCUGUGACUGUGGCUCUCCUGAGGAAUGUACCAAUCUUUGCUGUGAGCCCCUGACAUGUAGGCUGAAAUCUCAACCUGACUGCAGAGAGGAAGCUUCCAACCUCGUCAUAGAAUGAUCCAGUGUCUAAUUCACAGAGAAGCUACUUUGCCAGGGCAGAAGUCCAGAACCAGUGUCUGCCAGGAAGUCUGCCGAGCUCCACUUUGUGCAUCUAUACAGACAGACCUUUCUCUGUGUGCUGUGUUCUCUGUGAACUAAUGGAUUCAAUCACUAAACGAUAAUAUCCCAAAAUACACUUGUACCUGUAGUGGAUAUGUAGACAUUUUCUCCUCAUUAUCCCCUAAAUAAUAGAGUGUAAUAACUAUUUGUAUGGCAUUUUUGUAGAUCAAGUGUGGGAAGUAGUCUAGAUAUGACAAGAUACUUAGAAGCAUUUUAGUACUUGCAUGCAAAUGCACUCCAGUUCUAAAAUGAACCAUUAGUCCAGAGAUUUGGAUAUCUGCGUAUUACAGCCAAAUCCUGGUGGAUACUGAUGGAAGACAUUUGCUUUUCUCUAUCCAUUCUACUUUAUGUGUUUCUACCAGGCCAGUCAACUGAUAAAUAGACACCCUUAGAGAUGGUGUCUGUUCAUUCCGGUCUUAUCUGCAGCGUGAAUAAGGGGAGCCAGAAGGUGUGGUUUUAGUUUCACUCUUUAGAGAACAGAAUAGAUGAGCCUUUGCUGAAAUUCCUCAACAUACUCCACAGAAUGGUUCAAUUAAUCCCAAAGUACAAAAUAAAAAGUAAUUUAAUCCUCAAUCUCUUUGCUCCUGUGGUGUAGGAAUCAAAGUAUGCCACCUGCUAAGGGACAGGGACAGAGCUCGCAGCAAGAACAGAGGCCCAGCCCCUUGCUGUCUCUCAGGACCCAGUUCAUCUUACACCCUGUAAGCAUCCCUGAUUUUCUGUUCCAUGGGAAUAUUGGUUACAUUCAAAUAUUUUUCAUUUGAGCAAAUAGAGUUUUCACACAUUUCUCUCACUAUCAGGCCUAAGAAUUUUUUUGAGAAGUCUGUGUUGCUUGUUUCUUAGUGGAAAUGGAAAAGAAAGGCUUCAUUCAUUGGUUUUUGAAAUAAACUAUGCUACCCAAUAAAAA